CAGUUAUAUCAAUAUACACCGGAAACAUGGACGUUGUGGAGUUACUUUCAUUUCAGCCUGACAAACCAAAUCCUAAAGGUAAGAAAAGACAGGUUGAUGAUGAUGAUGAUUAUGAAGAUGAAGAAUACAUGUAUGAGGAGAGGAAACCACGUGGUGUUAAAGCUGCUAAAUCUGGCAUCAGUGACGAAGAAAAAGAAAAAAUACUUCAAAUGGUCGAGAACGAACCUGAUGUGGAUGCCAUGGAUGAAACAAAUUUGAAGAAACUGUUGUUGAAAUUUGAAAAAUCUGUCUACAAAAAUCAAGAAAUGAGAAUCAAAUUUCCAGAUAUGCCAGAAAAGUUUAUGGAAUCGGAAGUUGAGCUGAAUGAUGUGAUACAAGAAAUGCAUGUGAUUGCUACGGCCCCGGAACUUUAUCAUAUUCUGGUUGAUCUAAACACAGUACAGUCACUGCUGCAACUCUUAACACAUGAAAAUACUGAUAUAUCUAUAGCAGCAGUAGACUUGAUGCAGGAACUGACAGAUGUUGACACACUGAAUGAAAGUGAUGAAGGAGCUGCAGCACUUAUAGGGGCACUGGUUGAGGGACAGGUGGUAGCUUUAUUGGUCCAGAACUUGGACAGACUUGAUGAAAAUGUAAAGGAAGAAGCGGAUGGUGUACAUAAUACAUUAGCUGUGAUAGAGAAUAUGGCAGAAUUCCGACCAGAGAUGUGUACAGAUGCUGCCCAGCAAGGACUUCUACAAUGGUUGUUGAAGAGAAUUAGGUCAAAGAUGCCGUUUGAUGUCAACAAAUUAUAUGCAACAGAAAUUUUAGCAAUACUUCUACAAAACAGUGAUGAUAACCGACAGAUCCUUGGAGACAUAGAUGGUAUAGAUGUUAUACUUCAACAGUUAGCGUGGUAUAAGCGGCAUGAUCCAACAUCAAAAGAAGAAAUAGAAAUGAUGGAAAACAUCUUUAACUGUCUGUGUUCCUGUCUCAUGUCCCCAAUAAACAGGGGCCGCUUCCUCAAAGGAGAGGGGUUGCAGCUUAUGAAUCUCAUGUUAAGAGAGAAGAAGUUGUCUCGUAAUUGUGGAAUAAAGGUACUGAACCAUGCCAUGACUGGUGUAGAGGGAACAGACAAUUGUCAAAAGUUUGUUGACAUUCUAGGACUGAGGACAGUUUUUCCACUCUUCAUGAAGACUCCAAAACAGGGCAAAGCAGGACCUCCACCAGAGGAACUGGAAGAACACAUCAGCUCAAUAAUUGGUUCUAUGUUGAGGAACUGUCAGUCUACACAGAGACAGAGGCUGCUGAAUAAAUUUAUAGAAAAUGAUCAUGAAAAGGUUGAGAGACUGUUGGAGUUACACUUUAAAUACCUUGAUAAAGUUAGACAUGUUGAUAAUCAGAUAGAAAGAGAAAAAAGUAGAUUGAAAUAUCUUGGUCAAGAAGUAGAUGAAGAUCUAGAGGACAGUUAUUAUUUACGGCGACUUGAUGCGGGUCUUUUCACAUUACAGUUGAUAGAUUACAUUAUGUUGGAAAUAUGUGUUACUGGGCCAUCAAGUAUUAAAUCCCGGGUACUGCAGAUAUUAAACAUGAGAGGAGGGUCAGUGAAAUCUAUAAGGAACAUUAUGAGAGAGUAUGCAGGAAAUAUUGGAGAUGCCAAAGAUCCAGAGACAAGGGAGGCAGAGCAAAAUCAUAUCAUGCAGCUUGUCGACAAAUUCUGAUCUAAAACUAUUAAUCUUAUGGUCAUAUUUGUUGAAUUAACAAGAGGACAGUGGGAAAUUGUAAUCUUGUUUGAGAUUUUCGGUAACCAUGUAGGUUUUUCCGAAGUCUGUUUCUGAGAGCAAUGUUACUCCUUCUGUGCUGUGGGAUAGGAACAGUUUUGAACUAAGUCAGUGUCACGUAGCAAGUACAUGAAGAA